AUGAAUUUCCAACGGAUUAAAAAUGGCCUCUCGGUCAUGACCCCUUUCGGGAUGAUGUUUGGAUCCCUAUGCAUGCUAUUCAUCAUCGGAAUCAACGGUAUCCCUGGGCCUUUCAUGGGCCCUAUUUUUGAUUUAAGCACCGUCCAAAUCUCAGUUCCGGUGCAGGAUCUCGCCAACUUCACCCUUCCAUCAGCGACUUCGCAUUCCGGAAACCUCACGGCGGCGAACCUCCAGCUGGCCGACCAAUAUGCGUUCUAUCUCUGGAACUACGCAAUCACAACGGGAAACAAAACAAUCUACCCCAAGAGUGGCUGGGACUACGCUAAGGACCUGGAGAUCUCCCCCGUCCUCGACAACAACAGCACCUCGACCGAAUUCUCAGAUGCCUACAAGGACACGAUGUCGAGCUGCCGUACCAAACUCCGCUGCUCCCAGGUUUUCUUUAUCCUUGCGAUCCUGAGCACAUUUGCCGUGGUAGCAAUGGGGAUCUCGGGCGCCUUUGGAUACCGGGCUCCGCUCCUCGUCGCCGCUGCCUGUACCGGGAUAUCGCUGGUGAUGACGCUGGUCCUGGCCGUUUUGAUCACCCUUCUGAUAUUUACCACCAAGGCCGACAGCGAGCCCUUUACCAAGUUUGGAUUUGUGUUUGUGAUGGGGACUUCGGACUUGGGCAUUGUGUGGAUUGCGGCCGUCCAUAUCCUGGUCGUGGGCGUGAUGUGGCUGCUGAUGGCAUUCGGCGUCACCAAAUGCAAUGGGCUUGUGCAAAAUACACGGAGGAAUCGAAUCUUCGACGACGGCCAGGAGCUUGACGAGGAGCAUGUUAUCAUUCUGAGCGAACAGCGGAAAUAG